AUGGUACCUAACUUUUUUCCAACACCUACCCAUCUCCCAAUUGUCUCCUACAUCCUCCCGUCUCCCGUCUCCCGUCUCCCGUCUCCCGUCUCCCGUCUCCCGUCUCCCGUCUCCCGUCUCCCGUCUCCCGUCUCCCGUCUCCCGUCUCCCGUCUCCCGUCUCCCGUCUCCCGUCUCCCGUCUCCCGUCUCCCGUCUCCCGUCUCCCGUCUCCCGUCUCCCGUCUCCCGUCUCCCAUCUCCCGUCUCCCAUCUCCCGUCUCCAAUUUUCAAGUCUCUACAUUGUCUUUUGCUCCCUUUUUGAUUUUUCACAACUGUUUCCUGUCAUUUUUUCCUGAUCUCUUUUAUCUCCUUCACCACAUAUUUGUUGUUCCAUUUUAA